AUUCGUUCUGCAGUUUGUUGCUUAGUGCCUGAUGUUUAGAGGGUCUAUCUUGAUUAUUACCUUUCUCAUUCUGACACGGGCAGAUGCGGAAUUCCGGCGUAUAGAUAUCUCAGGGAACACUAUUACUUACGGAAGACAGGAAGGGUUACUAUUGUACAACGGAGGGACCGUCUGUCGUGAUCUCUUCAACAUCACUGCUGCUCAUGCUAUUUGCAAAGAAAUGGGAUUUGGAGGUGCCCUUGAGUGGACAUUUGGAAUGAAAUGGCAGAUUCAGAAUAGUUUUACCGUAUUAUUAGACGACGUUAUUUGUCGACUGCCCUAUUGGUCAUCUUGCAGCUACAUCAAUACACCAAACCGUUGUAAUCAUGGGGGGGAUGUUUUUGUGACCUGUUUACCAAGGGUAGCAUCAGUGUUCCAACUGGUAGACUCGUCCGGUAACUACAUCACAACCGGAGAACAAGAAGGCCUACUUCUGCACAACGAGGGUACUGUUGGUAGCAAUAACUUCAACUCAACUGCAGCUCAUGCUAUCUGCAAAGUUAUGGGCUUUACAGGAGCGCUCCAGUGGACAUCUGGACAGAAGUGGCAUAUCCAAACAACCUACCCAGUAUUAACUGACACUGUUCAGUGUUCCUUGGCUGAUUGGUCAACCUGCAACCACUCUGAUUCUCACUAUCUCGGUCAUGAUAGAGACGUGUUUAUAACAUGUUCGGGGUCCCGCAGUUCGUUCUCUUUAGUCGACAAGAGAGGGUACACUGUGUCAGGUAGCCAGGAAUUUUUACUGCUCUAUAACGGUGGGACAGUUUGCGGGGACCAAUUCUCCAACAACUCGGCUGAUGCAGCCUGUCGGGACAUGGGUUAUUCUGCAGCUGAGAGUUGGCGAGUUGCCAUGUCUUGGGGCAACUACCGUAUAGCACUAGAUGAUAUGAACUGCACUGCGGGGGAGUGGAGGACGUGUGGAUACACUACGUCUCACAAUUGUGUUCACGGCAAGGAUAUCUACAUCUCUUGUAGAUCAAGACAAGAUAGUAGCGGCAGCAGCAAAACUAUAGAUCGGAGGGGUGAAGAAGAAAAAUUGGAGGCUGGUGAGAAUCUGGCCAUAGCGAUCUUGAUUUUAGCUUGUACCGUUAUAGUUUUUCUUUUAGUGAAGAAGAACUCUCAGAUUGACCAAAAAGAUUUGCAAAUUACCCAAAAAGAUUUGCUGAUUGCUCAACUUUUAAAGAAAUUGGAAAAAAUCAAUUGAUUAUUCCCCUUAUUCUGAAGAGACUUUAACCAAAACGAAAAAAAGAGACUUAAUUAGCAGACUGUUACCUGAGAGUUGAUGGCCACAAGAGGUGAAGCUACGAUAGGA